AUGAAGCAUCAGUCUGACAGUGAGUCAUUCAGACCAGUUUUCCUUCCGGUGGAUUACGUCGUCUUUGGUGCCAUGCUGUCCGUUUCCAUGGCGAUAGGGCUUUUCCAAGCCCUGAAGAAGAGGCCAAUGGAUUCCUCUGUAGGAAUCUUCUUCACCGGUGGUCGGAGCAUGCCAGCUGUGCCUGUCGGGCUGUCGCUCUGUGCCAGUUUCAUGUCAGCGGUCCAGGUUCUUGGUGUUCCCUCUGAAGGGUUUCGCUAUGGCUUUAAAUUCCUCUACAUGUGCCUCGGACAAAGCAUCAACUCUCUGCUGACUGCCUACCUGUUCCUGCCAGUUUUCUUCCGCCUGGGCAUCACCAGCAUCAAUCAGUAUUUGAAGAUGAGAUUUGGCAAAGGGAUGCAGCUGCUGGGGAGCUUCCAGUUUCUUCUUGCAACGCUGCUUUACACAGGGAUUGUCAUCUACGCACCGGCACUGAUAUUAAACCAAGCCACUGGACUCAACAUGUGGAUGUCUCUGUUUUCUACGGGGAUCAUUUGCACCAUGUACACCACACUGGGGGGCAUUAAGGCCGUGGUCUGGACUGACGUGUUCCAGAUCAUUGUCAUGUUGGCAGGUUUCAUGGCAAUUUAUAUCCAUGGUACAAUUCUGGUUGGUGGUCCUGCACAAGUACUGAAGAUCGCCUACAAUGGCUCCCGGAUCAAUUUUAAUGAUUUUGACGUUGACCCACGGAAACGAUACACUUUUUGGAGCCUCUCUGUUGGUGGCUCACUGGUUUGGUUGUCCAUGUAUGGGGUAAACCAAGCGCAGGUCCAGCGCUACAUCUCCUGCCGCACAGAGCGAGAUGCCAAGUGGGCUCUUUUUGUGAACCAGGUGGGUCUGUGCUUUAUUGUUAGCAGUGCGGCAACUUGUGGGAUCGUCAUGUUUGCAUAUUACAGUUCCUGUGAUCCACUGAAGUCUGGGAAGAUUUCUACACCUGACCUGUACAUGCCGUUCUUUGUGCUGGACAUAUUCAGAGAUCACCCAGGUUUUCCAGGCCUGUUCCUCGCCUGUGCAUACAGUGGAACUUUAAGCACAGUCUCCACAAGCAUCAAUGCCAUGGCUGCAGUGACGAUGGAGGACCUGCUGAAACCUUGGCUGUGCCACAUGACGCAGAGGAAACUGAUGCUCAUUUCUAAAGGACUCUCCUUGAUGUAUGGAGUUGGUUGUAUCACAGUUGCAGCUCUCUCCUCCUUCCUGGAUUGGGGAGUUCUUCAGGGCUCGUUCACUGUCAUGGGUGUGGUCAGUGGUCCAUUGCUUGGUGUAUUCAUACUUGGAAUUUUUGUGCCAGCGACAAAUCGGCUGGGGGCAUUCUCGGGAAUCUUAGUGGGCUUCUGUGUCUCUCUGUGGCUGGCUGUAGGGUCGACUCUUUACCCCCCCAGUGAGGAGACAAUGGGUGUCCUGCCCAGCUUCACAGGAAGCUGCAGCUCUGCUAACGUCACCCUGAACAGCAGCUCCAGCCCCGAACAACACUCCAUCUUGACCCCACUUCAUCCCAGAGACGAAAGCGGUAUUGAUAACUUCUACUCCAUGUCUUAUCUCUAUUUUGGAGCCAUGGCCACCAGUUCAGUCGUACUGGUUGGGCUCAUUGUGAGCUAUGCAACAGGACCAACAGAGAGGAGUCAUAUUAAAGAUGGUUUGCUGUGGUGGGACCUGAACAAUAUUAAAAAAGUGGAGAUCCCAGCAGAACGCAACACCUGUGAGCUGGUUCCUUGUUUUACACCCAAUGCAUGCUGGGAUAGAAUGCAGCCCGUGGACCUGAGAAGGAAUGACCAGGGUGGCAGAAUGCCAGAGAAACUACAGGCAGCACCUUUGAUGGACCUGCACAGACAGGACGUGUUGUACAAGUAA